CAUCCCUCUGCGUUGUUGUUCCAUAGAUAAAAAUAAACAAAAAGAAAAAUGAGUACUAAGUACUAAUACCAUAUAAUAAUUAUUAAAACAGAAAGAGGAGGUACUACUUGUAUUGGGUAACGCGCUAUGGCGGGCGAAUCGGGUGGUAGUGCUACGAACUUGAACUUUGAUCUUCCCGAGGAGGUGGUGCAAGUGCUACCGUCCGAUCCCUUCCAGCAGCUCGAUGUGGCUCGCAAGAUCACUUCCAUUGCUCUAUCGACACGUGUCAACACCCUCGAAUCAGACCUAUCCUCACUUCGCGCCCAGAUCGCCGACAAAGACAACCUCAUCGCCGACCUUCAAUCUCAGCUCGACUCCCUCGACGCUUCCCUCUCCCAAAUCGCCGCCACACUCUUCCAAACCGAACAGGAUAAGGAGAGCUUGCUCCAGGAGAAUGCUUCGCUUUCCGACACCGUCAAAAAGCUCAAUCGAGAUGUCUCCAAGUUGGAGGUUUUCAGAAAGACGCUUAUGCAAUCACUUCAGGAGGAUGAUGAUAAUUCUGGAGGAACUCCAGACACUGUUGCUAAAAUACAGAGUCAAGCAAGUUUGACUUCCACGUCGCAGAUUGGAGAUAACGAAGCUUCAUUGCCACCGGCUAUAUCUUCUUCAACAGGAAAUUCAUUUGCUGAUGAUCAGGAAUCUGAUGCCAUAAGACCUAGAGUAUCGCAGAAUCUCCUCUUAGCAUCUCAAGGUUCCACCCCUCGGAUAACUCCUCCUGGUUCCCCUCCUAUUCUGUCGGCAUCAGUAUCACCUACGAGAACAUCCAAACCUGUAUCUCCACGGCGACAUUCAAUUUCCUUUUCAACCACAAGAGGCAUGCAUGAUGACAGGUCUUCAGUGUUUUCCUCAAUGUCCUUAACCCAUGGUUCAAUAUCAAGCUCUGAUGCAGGAACAGGAUCACAAACUGGACGAACACGGGUGGAUGGGAAAGAGUUUUUUCGCCAAGUUAGGAACCGUUUGUCUUAUGAGCAAUUUGGUGCAUUCUUGGCAAAUGUUAAAGAAUUGAAUUCCCAUAAACAAACAAAAGAGGAGACGCUGCGGAAAGCUGAUAAAAUUUUUGGGCCUGAAAACAAGGAUCUGUACACUAUAUUUGAGGGAUUGAUUAAUCGCAAUGUCCAUUGACACUGUGCUUAGGAGAAGUUUUAUUCCAAAUUAGUAAUAACGGAUACUAUCGUGUCUCCUUAUAGCAACUCGUUUUUUUCUCUCCUAUGUAUACCAUAUUAUCACGUUAAUUAUUGUCUAAUACAAUAAUUUUUUGAACAUGAAAAUCGGACAGUCUUGGCAGGACUAACAAGGUUGUCGUUGGUUUCCUUGCAGUAGGGAUGGGGUGCAUACUGCAUACUCUAGUUUUAAUAUUCAAUGCUGAGCAUGGGGUAAUGCAUUAUUCUCCUUUCU